ACCAAACACUCUUCUACUCCCCAAGAACUCACCUAUAUCUUUUGCGCAAAAAAAGAAAAAAAGAAAAAGAAAAAGAGAACUCGCCUAUAUCUCUUCCUCCAUCUAUUCUUUAUUCUCAAAAUCCUCACUAUAUUUUCUCUCAAGAUCGUAAAGCCAUUCUACUAUUUGACUAGUACCUACACUGAAAGUUCAUACGCCGUUUCAUUUAUCGUAGAUUAAAAGAACGUAUUGAACUUAAGGAAGAGCAAAACAACAUGGUCUCUUUUCCUCAGAUUCCACAGAUUGAUGACGGGCCCCCUAACGACAUGAUCUAUUUUCCUCAGACUCCUCAGACUUCACAGAUUGAAAGCGAGUCCGGAAGCAACUUAGACUCCAAUGAAGAAGAAGAGAUUAGUGUGAAGAGAAAAAUGGGAACACUAAUGACAUAUGGUGAGCUAGACCAUUAUGCACUGACUGUUCAAACUGGUGAGGAUGUUGUCAGUGAGAUGUUUUCGUUAUCUCAAAGGACUUCUCGAUCACUUUGGAUUCUUAGUGCUACCGGUGCUGUUUUAGAUGUUGUUCUACGCAAACCUGGUUCUUCUGGUGGUCUUUUGAAUUUUAAGGGUAGUUAUCAACUUAUUUCUCUAUCUGGAUCAUUUGAAUAUGGUGAAAACAAUAAUGUGGAUGGAGAAAAUAGUAGGUUAAACAUUACUCUGUCUCAUCAUGAUGGGAAGGUUUUUGGUGGUUUGGUUACCGGUUCAUUGAUCGCUGCUGAGCCUGUUUAUAUCAUUGCUGCUAGUUUGAAGCAAGGUACCAGCAAGGACACCAGCCAGGAAUUGAAAAUGAGGCGAUCAGCUAAUUAG